AUGGCGCACCUGAUUCUCUCAAUCAAUGCCGGCAGCAGCAGUCUCAAGUGUGGUCUCUACCGAAGCUCUGAGGACAAAAGGACAUUGAGCCUCUUGGCCAAGGCCGAAGUCUCCGCGAUUGGUCAGAAGGGCUCGAGCAUCAAAUACAACAAACAGUCGAGGGAGAUCUCGGUCGACGACCACGCCGCGGCAUUCGAGCACGUCUUGAAGAGUUUCACUGCCGACAAAGACGUGGAUGUCAAAACCGGCGACGACAUCGAAUACGCAUGCCACCGCGUCGUGCAAGGCGGCUCCUUCCGCGACGAUGAACUGAUCACACGAGAGACCUUCCACAAGAUCGAGGCCCUCUCCGAUCUAGCACCCCUUCACAAUGCCAGUGCCGUCUCCCUAAUGCGAGCGUGUCACGAGCAGCUGCCCAAAGUCACCAAUGUUGCGUGUUUCGACAGCUCCUUUCACUCAUCAAUGCCAGAUCAUGUGAAGUCUUACGCCAUUGAUCCCAAGAUUGCCAAGGAGAAAGGUCUCCGAAAAUACGGCUUCCAUGGUCUGAGCUACAGCUAUAUCCUCCGGCAGGUCUCCGGUUACCUCCACAAACAACCCUCAGAAACCAGCAUCAUAGCCCUGCAUCUCGGCAGCGGGGCCUCAGCAUGUGCCAUCAAGAACGGCAAAUCAAUCGACACAACCAUGGGCCUGACACCAGUCUCCGGUCUCCCCGGCGCAACACGCAGCGGGGACAUUGACCCGAGCUUGGUCUUCCACUACACAUCCGAAGCCUCAAAGCUGAGCCCUUCCAGCACCAAGGAUCUGCAUAUCUCGACCGCUGAGGAGAUCUUGAAUAAGAAGUCUGGCUGGAAGGCUUUAACGGGAACGACGAACUUCGCUGAGAUCGCGGAUCCGAAUGCGCCGGAGACACACAAGCUCGCGCUGGAUAUGUUCGUGGAUCGGAUCGUUGGGUUUAUUGGCUCGUACUAUGUCAAGCUGGGUGGGGAGGUUGAUGCGUUGGUAUUUGCGGGCGGCAUUGGGGAGAAGAGCGCGUAUUUGCGGGAACUGGUGACGAGGCAGUGCGAAUGUCUUGGUUUCCAGAUCGACAAGGGUCUCAACGAGGGCGUGUCUGGCGAUGACGUUGUCACUAGCAUUGGAUCCUCAGACUCGGGGAAGCGGACCUUAGUGGUGGCUACUGACGAAGACUACGAAAUGGCGCUGCGGACGAUGCUGCACCCAAAAUGA